AUGGCUUCAUCCAGUGGCUCCAGCGAUGUCUGCUCCCGUGUCAUCGAUCACAACCAGGUCCCUGAGUUUGAGGUGGUCACUUGGAUCAAAAUCACCCUCUUCUUGGUGUACCUGGUCAUCUUCGUGGUGGGCAUCUUGGGCAACAGCGUCACCAUCCGGGUGACACAGGUUUUGCAGAAAAAGGGCUAUUUGCAGAAGGAGGUGACAGAUCACAUGGUCAGUUUGGCUUGUUCAGAUAUCUUGGUCUUUUUGAUUGGCAUGCCCAUGGAGUUCUACAGCAUCAUUUGGAACCCCCUGACCACACCCAGCUACCCGCUGUCCUGUAAGAUCCACACGUUCCUCUUUGAGACGUGCAGCUACGCCACACUGCUGCACGUGCUGACCCUCAGCUUUGAGCGCUACAUUGCCAUUUGCCAUCCUUUCAGGUAUAAGGCCUUGUCUGGACCUUGCCAGGUGAAACUGCUGAUCGGCUUUGUGUGGGUCACCUCUGCCCUGGUGGCGCUGCCCUUGCUCUUUGCCAUGGGUAUCGAGUACCCCCUGGUCUCUGUGCCCACCCGCAGAGGAUUCAACUGCAACCUCUCUCGCACCCGCCACCACGAGCAACCUGAGACCUCCAAUAUGUCCAUCUGCACAAACCUCUCCAGCCGCUGGACUGUCUUCCAGUCCAGCAUCUUUGGGGCCUUCUCAGUUUACUUGGUGGUCCUGGUGUCUGUGGCUUUCAUGUGUUGGAAUAUGAUGAAAGUGCUAAUGAAGAGCAAGCGUGGUACCCUGGCAGGAAGCGGGCCACAGCUGCAGAUGAGGAAGUCAGAGAGUGAGGAAAGCCGGACAGCAAGACGACAGACCAUCAUAUUCCUGAGACUGAUUGUGGUGACACUGGCCGUGUGCUGGAUGCCAAACCAGGUGCGGCGGAUCAUGGCUGCAGCAAAACCCAAGCAUGACUGGACCAGGCCGUACUUCAGGGCCUACAUGAUCCUUCUCCCCUUCUCCAACACCUUCUUCUACCUCAGUUCCGUGGUCAACCCUCUCCUCUACAACGUGUCCUCUCAACAGUUCCGGAAGGUGUUCUGGGAGGUGCUCUGCUGCCGGCUGACUCUGCAGCACGCCAACCAGGAGAAACGCCUGCGCGCCCACUUCAGCUCCGCCAAGGCCAGCACCAGCUCAGCCCGCAGCCCCCUCAUCUUCCUAGCCUCCCGGCGGAACUCUUCCUCCCGGAGAACUAACAAGAUUUUCUUAAGCACUUUUCAAGCCGAGGCCAGGCCCAGAGAGGCUCAGCCCCAGCCUUUGAGUCCUGAGUCACCACUGACUGACUCAGAGACCAAACCAGCUGAUUCCACCACAGAAAAUGGUUUGCAGGAGCAAGACGUGUGA